AUGGGAUUCUCUACUAACUUUAGAAAAGAGGCUGGAGCUCAUGGAAAAGAUACUUGGGGUAUCUUUAGAGUUCAUCAAUUUGAAAAGAUUGAACAAUUUUGUAUGACACUUCCUGAUAAAUCUUGGGAAAUGCAUGAAGAGAUGAUUAAAAAUGCACGUGAUUUCUUUGAAUCACUCAAGAUUCCUUACAGAGUCGUUAAUAUCGUUUCAGGAGCUCUUAAUAAUGCCGCUGCUAAGAAAUAUGAUCUUGAAGGAUAUUUCCCAGGAUUUAAUGAAUAUAGAGAACUUGUCUCAUGCAGUAAUUGUACUGACUAUCAAAGCAGAGAACUUGAAGUAAGACUACAAACUGACAAGAAGGACAAAACCAAAAGCUAUGUCCACAUGCUUAAUUCUACUUUAUGUGCUACUGAAAGAGCUCUUUGUUGUAUCUUAGAAAAUUAUCAAUGCGAAGAUGGUAUUAUUGUUCCAGAAGUCCUUAGACCUUAUGUUGGCGGUGUUGAAAAGAUCCCAUUUAUUGCUCCAAAACCAGUUUGGGCUAAAGAAGAAAAGAAAUCAACUAAAAAGAACUAA